AUGAUUGGACUGGCAUGGGACAGAUGGACUAUCAGCUGCAGGAGGAGCGCGGACUGGCAAACUCAGACCUGUAACCAUGGCGUCGCGGAGGAUAAAGCAAGGGUGUUUGAGCCAGUCAGGGGCCGACACAGAGAGAUUGGCGGAGUGCGCUGGGCGAAUGAAAGUGACCAACGAUGUUCUGCUGCUGUGAUUGGCUCACAGGGUGGUUUCCCAGAGCCGCUAGCGGGCUCUGAAGCCAAGGUUGAAGGGACCAAAGUGCCGCUGCUUUAA